CAUGAAAAUAAAGAAGAUAGAGAAAGAGGAUCAUAUUGGUAAUGCCAUUGUAUCUCCCAAAACAGUUGACAUUGUGAUAGUGUUGAGACAGACACCACAACGAACCAAUCUUCAUUUUGCAAAACCACUAAUUAAACAACAACAACACCAAAACUAACUCCUCUCUCAAAUUCACAUUCACAUUAAACUCAAACUCAAAUUCAAACUCAAAACGCAACCAAAACGAUGUCGUUAGAGGAAGAAGACGAGGCUUUCGAGCACACGCUACUAGUAGUGCGCGAAGUUUCCGUCUACAAGAUCCCGCCGCGCACAACAUCCGGCGGCUACAAGUGUGGCGAAUGGCUCCAAUCCGAUAAGAUCUGGUCGGGUCGGAUCCGAGUAGUAUCGCGUCGUGACCGAUGCGAGAUCCGGUUAGAGGAUCCGAACUCCGGCGAUCUAUUCGCCGCGUGCUUCGUUUUCCCUGGUCAGCGUGAGGGUUCUGUAGAACCGGUUCUCGAUUCGUCUCGUUACUUUGUACUCAAGAUCGAGGACGGACAAGGUAAGCACGCUUUCAUUGGAUUAGGGUUUGCGGAGAGGAACGAGGCUUUCGAUUUCAAUGUUGCACUUUCUGAUCACGAAAAGUAUGUUCGGCGAGAGCAUGAUAAGGAAUCUGGUAACGCCGAUGAUGCCGAGGAUUCUCAGAUCGACAUUCACCCCGCCGUUAAUCACAGGCUCAAGGAAGGGGAAACCAUCAGGAUUAAUGUGAAGCACAAGACGGCUGGUGGAACUGGCAUGCUUUCAGCUGCUGGCCUAACGGGUGGGCAUGCAGCAACUCCGAAGCCUAAAAUAUUAAACCUUGCUCCCCCACCAAGCGGAGCAGGAAAAAUCAGAUCUCCUCUUCCACCCCCACCGAAUGAUCCUGUUGCUGCUCGGAUUGCUUCUACCGGUCCUGGAUCUAGUCUUAAAGGGACACACGAAGUUGUGAGACAUUCUACUGAUUCUCUAUCAGAUCUUUCUCAACUGCAGAAGAAUCUUCCCUCAUCAGCCACUCCUGGAUCAGCAACUGCGUCAGGAUGGGCAGCCUUCUGAUUAUAUAUACGAGUAUAUUAACUAUGAGGCUUUUAUUAUUCGCUGAUUUUUUUGGGGUUCUUCAUUUUAAGAAAAGAAAUAGUGGAGGAAACUGAAGAAAGAGGUGUCAUAAGUAUAGUUAGCAAAAGAUACCGAGUAAUUCGAUACCUUGAGGAAUGUUCUGGAAAUAUCUAUGUUUUUUUCCUUGGUUUGUAAUAACAGGUUUCUAUAUCCGUAUGAAAUUAAUUUCUCCCCGAUUCCUUGAUUCUCCCUAUCUUUCUUGAUUGAGGUGUACUUAAUAUUUUUCUUGUUCAAAGCACUAUUCCUGAUGCAUGUCAUCAACCAUCAAUCCAUUACCAAUGUCUUAA